AUGGGUGAGCCAUGGAGAGAAGCAAUUACAGUGAUGGACUUCAUCCUGGUGGGCUUCACGACAGACCCCAGGAUGCAGCUGGUCCUGUUUGUGGUGUUGCUUGGUGUCGACUAUAUGACUGUUCUAGCAAACACCGCCCUUAUAGUCCUGACCUGUAAUGACUCCCGACUGCACACACCCAUGUAUUUUUUCACUGGGAAUCUGUCUUUUCUGGAUCUCUGGUAUCCCUCUGUCUACACUCCAAAGAUCCUACUGACCUGCCUCUCUGAAGACAAGAGAAUCUCAUUUGCUGGCUGUGUAGCCCAGUUCUUCUUCUCUGGUGGGCUGGCAUACAGUGAGUGCUACCUGCUGGCCACCAUGGCUUAUGACUGCUAUAUGGCCAUAAUAAAGCCACUUAUUUAUUCUCAGGCCAUGCCCAUAAAGCUAUGUGCAUUCUUGGUAGCUGCCUCACACCUUGGUGGCUUUAUUAACUGUUCUGUCAUCACCAAAAGAACGUUUACCAUGAGCUUCUGUAAUGACAAUGUCAUUGAUGACUUGUUUUGUGAUUUGCUUCCCCUGGUGAAGUUAGCUUGUGGCAAGAAGGAUGGCUACCAGGCUCUGCUGUAUUUCCUCCUGGCCUCUAAUGGCAUUGCCCCUGCUGUGUUCAUAUUUGCUUCCUACCUCUUCAUCAUCGCCAACAUCUUGAGGAUCUGCUCCACCCAGGGCCGCCUCAAAGCCUUCUCCACCUGCUUCUCCCACCUGAUUUCUGUCACCUUGUACUAUGGCUCCAUUCUCUACAUCUACUCAUCAUGCUUUAACUAUUCUUUUGAUGGUGGUAAAAUAGUUUCUGCAUUUUACACCAUGGUGUUUCCUAUGUUGAACCCCAUGAUUUAUGGCUUGAGGAAUAAGGGUGUGAAAGAGACCAUGAAUAAACUCUUCAAAUAA